AUGUCUUAUAACUACUCUCACGAUAACAACACCACGUCUUCCGCGUUACGUAAACGUAAGACAUUGAAGAAAUCCAUUAACUUCUCCGUCAUGAUUGUGGGCCAGUCUGGAAGCGGCCGUUCCACUUUGAUCAACACGAUCUGCGGGGGUAACUCCAUUGUGCCUACCUCUUCCACAAUUAAUGAAGAUCCAUUCACCAAGAAGUUGACCUUGAGACAUGAAAACGUCGAGUUGGAAGACAAUGAGGGCCACAAGAUCUCGCUCAACAUAAUCGACACGCCAAACUUUGCUAAUGGAAUUAACUGUGACGACGACUUUAAAGUCAUCGUUGACUUUCUUAGACACCAAUACGACGAAGUUCUUUUGGAAGAGUCCAGGGUUAAGCGUAACCCAAGGUUUAAAGACGGUAGAAUCCAUGUGUUAAUCUACAUGAUAAACCCCACUGGCCAUGGAUUGAGCGAAGUCGACGUUAAGUUCAUGAAACACAUCUCGAGCUUGGUCAACAUAAUCCCAGUGAUUGCCAAGGCAGAUUCAUUGACUCCAAAAGAAUUAAAGGUAAAUAAGGCAUUGAUUUUGGAAGAUAUGACCAACUACGGAAUCAAUUAUUACAAAUUUAACGAGUAUGAAUACGAACUGGACUAUAUUGACGAUGAGAUCGUUGAAUACAAUAAAUAUUUGAACCUGUUGGUUCCAUUUUCCAUCAUUGGAGCCAAUACUUACCAAGAGGCAUCAGGAAGCAAUGCUGGCGGAGAAGCAGAUGAAGAUUUGUUGAAGUUGAGAGUUUUAAACAACAAGUACUUGAAGCCAAUUAACGUGGAAAAUCCAGAGAUUAAUGACUUCACGAUUUUAAAGAACGUCUUGUUGAUCACUCAUUUGAAUGAAUUCAAAGAAUUGACCCACGAAGUCAUGUAUGAGAACUAUAGAACUGAAGCAUUGUCAGGAAAGCAAUUCAGAUACAUAAGCAAUAGUGAAGGUGGAGUUGACGGAAAGGAAAUACAACCACCGCUGUCUCUUGGACAAACAUCUGCCAAUGGUACUGGAAUUGAUUCGCCAGCUUUAGGCAAUUCAAUACUUGCAGACGGGCAAGACCACGAAGCAACCUACCAAAUGAAGGAGGAGCAAAUCAAAUUGGAAGAAGAAAGAUUGAGAAAAUUCGAAGAAAGAGUGCAUCAGGAUUUAAUCAACAAGAGAAAGGAGUUGUUGGAAAGAGAACAAGAAUUAAAGGCCAUUGAGAAGAGAUUACUUGCCGAGGGAUUGAAGUUGAACGAUGAGGGAGACGUCGUUAAAAUUUAG